AUGGCAGGCAGGGAGGCAGCCGAGAGGGAGGUGGCUUUCCACAUGGAUAGCGACGAGGAGGAGCGCGUGGAGGAAGAGCAGAUGGACAGCGAGGAUGAGGAGCCCAUGAUGCUGGGGCGGGCGCGCCAGGGCGCCAACGCCAAUCGCCUGCCGCUGCACCACUUCCUGCGCCUGAUUGCUGGGGGGCGCAUGAUGGAGCAUGGUGAGGCGGGGCAGGGCGACCGCGUGCGGUGCGCGCUGCAGCUGUGCGCGCGCGACCUGUUUGUGCCGGCGGAGCACCGCGAGGAGGCGCUGGUGGAUGCGCCCAUCCGCGUGGAGCGCCUCGACUUCAACAUCUCCGCACCCCACAUGCACGCCACCUGCCUGGAGGCGCUGCAGCUGCAGCCGGGGCACAAGCUCCUGGAUGUGGGCAGCGGGUGCGGCGUGCUGACGGCGUGCGGCGCCUACCUGGUGGGGCGCCAGGGCAUGUCGGUGGGGUUUGAUGUGCGGCGCGAGUGCAUCCAGAUGGGCAGGGACGCGGUGCGCCGACUGGCGGCCUCCAGCCCAGAGUAUGCCUCCGCCGCCUGCGCCGCGCGCUUUGAGCUGCAGAACAUCUUCAUGCCCGCCGCCCGCUGGCUGGGCCAGUUUGACCGCGUGCACGUGGGCGCGUCGUGCCCCCCCGACCGCCUGGCCCCGCUGCUGGCCCUGCUGCGGCCCGAGGGAGGGCUGGUGGUGGUGCCGGUGGCUCCCAACGACCUGCGCGUCAUCACCAAGAAGGCCAGCGGCGCGAUCACGCAAAAGGUGAUCAGCCAGGUGCGGUUCAGCGAGCUGGAGGUGCCCACUGAUGCUGAGGUGCUGCUGGCCACGCUGCGCGGCGAGCGGCGCCAGCGCACCGCGCCCUCCCACCACCCCUCCACCUACGCCGAGGACGUGGCGGCCAUCGUGGGCGGCGCCUACGCGUCCGCCACGCCCGCCGGCUCCUACGGCGACGCCUGCGGCGCCUUCAUGCCCUCCACCUCGCCCUCGGCAGGCACGCGCCGCCGCAGGCCGCGCCGCCUCUCGCUGCACUAG